UUGAGUUCUCACUGCGCCUUCCCCGGUGCCCGCGCCACGUCCACACUCCCCUCCACGCUCCAGGCCACACCCCGCGACACUCCGGACAGAGGGGCACAGCCGCACAGGCACGAGAACAGCUCAGUCGCGGCGAGCUCCCGGGUCUCCAGCGAGCGGGCAGGAGGAGAGAGAGUGAGGGGGCCGGCGUGGGCUCCCGCCGAGGCUCUCCGCGGCGCCUCGGCGCAAUGCUGUCCUUCUCCGGGGGCAGAUCGGGCUGAGUCGCGGUCGCGGCUCUCGAAUCGGCGCCGUCCUCGCGUGGUUCCGGCCGGAGGUCGGAUCUUGCGGCGGAAGACCCGAGAAGGGAGAGUGGGAGGCGGCCGUUUGUGGAUUUUCUGCUCGCCGGAGAGGAUUGAAGUUCUGAUGGGAAAGCGUGUAUAGUAUUGCUGAAUCCAAUUCUCUUCCAGCAAGUCUCAACCAUGCAACCUCAUACAGUGAUAGCCUUUGUGGCUGUUUCUCUCCUUUUUGCAAGCAUUCCUCAUGCCAAAAGUGCUGAUCUCAACUCUGACAAGCAGGCUCUUCUUGCAUUUGCUGCUUCACUGCCCCAUGGCAGGAAGCUCAACUGGAGCUCCACAACACCUGUCUGCACAUCUUGGGUCGGGGUGACAUGCACACCAGAUAAGAGCCGUGUACAUACACUACGGCUACCUGCUGUAGGACUCUUUGGUCCAAUUCCAUCGGACACUCUUGGAAAGCUUGAUGCCUUGGAGGUAUUGAGCCUUAGGUCCAAUCGCCUUACUGUUGACCUCCCUCCUGAUGUAGGAUCUAUUCCUGCCCUCCAUUCCCUCUACCUUCAGCAUAAUAACCUGUCUGGAAUCAUACCAACUUCCCUCUCUUCCAGUUUAACAUUCUUAGACCUGUCAUACAACACUUUUGAUGGAGAAAUCCCAUUGAAGGUGCAAAAUCUUACUCAACUUACUGCAUUGCUUCUCCAGAACAACUCACUUUCUGGGCCCAUCCCUGACCUCCAACUCCCCAAAUUGAGACAUUUGAAUUUGAGCAAUAAUAAUCUCAGUGGGCCAAUACCGCCUUCGUUGCAGAAAUUUCCAGCAAGUUCCUUCUUGGGGAAUGCUUUUCUCUGUGGAUUUCCUUUGGAACCAUGUCCAGGAACCGCACCUUCUCCUUCUCCAGUAUCGCCACCAUCACCCAGUAAGACCAAGAAGAGCUUAUGGAAAAAGAUCAAAACUAUUGUGAUAAUUGCACUUGCUGCUGUUGGAGGAGUACUGUUGCUUAUUUUGAUUCUCGUGCUCUUGAUAUGUAUUUUCAAGAGAAAGAGGCACACUGAACCUACCCCAGCUUCGUCCAAAGGAAAGGCUGUUGCAGGUGGCAGGGCAGAAAAUCCUAAGGAAGACUACAGCAGUGGUGUUCAGGAAGCAGAGAGGAAUAAGUUGGUUUUCUUUGAGGGCAGUUCAUAUAAUUUUGACUUGGAAGAUUUACUGAGAGCUUCUGCUGAAGUUCUUGGGAAAGGAAGUUAUGGAACCACCUACAAAGCUGUUCUUGAGGAUGGCACCACUGUUGUGGUCAAGAGACUGAAGGAAGUGGUGGUGGGCAAGAAGGAGUUUGAACAGCAGAUGGAGAUAAUUGGCAGGGUUGGCCAGCACCAAAAUGUUGUUCCAUUGCGUGCUUACUAUUACUCCAAGGAUGAGAAGCUAUUGGUGUUUGACUAUGUCCCGUCUGGUAGCCUUGCUGCUGUUUUGCAUGGGAAUAAAUCUGCUGGAAGAGCUCCAUUGGACUGGGAGACAAGGGUCAAGAUAUCGCUUGAUGUAGCCAGUGGUAUUGCUCAUCUUCAUGCGGAGGGAGGUGGGAAGUUCAUCCAUGGCAACAUCAAAGCAUCGAACGUCCUCCUAUCACAGAACCAGGAUGGUUGUGUGUCUGAGUUUGGCUUGGCACAGCUCAUGACCACUCCACAGGCGCCCCCACGGCUUGUUGGAUACCGAGCACCAGAAGUCCUUGAGACCAAAAAACCAACACAAAAGUCCGACAUCUACAGCUUCGGUGUCUUGCUCCUCGAAAUGCUAACCGGAAAAGCCCCUCUCAGAUCUCCUGGGCGCGAGGAUUCCAUCGAGCACCUUCCAAGAUGGGUGCAGUCUGUGGUUCGUGAAGAAUGGACCGCCGAGGUCUUCGACGUGGACUUGUUAAGGCAUCCCAAUGUCGAGGACGAGAUGGUUCAGAUGCUCCAGGUUGCAAUGGCAUGCGUGGCCAUUGCCCCUGACCAGCGGCCUAAGAUGGAGGAGGUGAUAAGGAGGAUCACGGAGAUCCGGAACUCCUACUCUUCGGGGACAAGGACACCCCUAGAGGACAAGCCGGAGACUGCCCAAGCACCAUGAGGGGUACAACAUAGUUUAGCCAGAGAUGGUAGCUAGGUUGCAUAGUGAAUUGCCUAUAGAGCUUCAGCAAAGUUGAUAGCCACCUGCGUAGCGCAGUUUUCUGCCGAUCCCCGGUCGUUUCAGUAAAUCUGUUGUGCAUUUUUUUCUCUUACUUAUUCUAGCCAUCUGAUUGAUAAUCCAUGCCAUUGUAUCGUUCAGUUAAAUCAGUAGCUCUUCUGAUUUUCAUAGGAUAAUGUUGCUCUGUAAUUUGACAUAAUCUCUGCAGCGUGAUUAAUGAAUUUGAUUUCCCUUGUACA